GCAACUGAUUUUGAAAGCGAGAACCCCGGGAUUUUAAAGGCCUUAGAUUUGGGUUUCAUGCGAAAAGCUUGCGAAGUUGUUUAUCUCGUGUGUCUUGAUGUACCACAAGCGGUUGAAAAGAUGAAAGUCUUGGUGAGUAAUGGAGCUAAUUUAGAUGUUACAGAUAUAGAUAACGCAUCUCCGUUACAUAUAGCUUGCAGAGAAAGUACAGUAGAUGUUGUUCAGUAUUUGAUUGAUAAUAACUGUAACGUGAACAGUGUGAGUGGUAAGUAUAAUAGAACACCAGUAUUCGAUUGUUGUCAAAGAGAUGUACCACAAGCGGUUGAAAAGAUGAAAGUCUUGGUAAGUAAUGGAGCUAAUUUAGAUGUUACAGAUAUAGAUAACCGAUCACCGUUGCAUUUGGCUUGCAAGCUAAGUACUGUAGAUGCUGUUCAGUAUUUGAUUGAUAAUAACUGUAAUGUGAAGAGUGUAGGGGAUGUACCACAAGCGGUUGAAAAGAUGAAAGUCUUGGUGAGUAAUGGAGCUAAUUUAGAUGUUACAGAUAUAGAUAACACAUCACUGUUACAUGUUGCUUGUCAGCUAAGUACAGUAGAUGUUGUUCAGUAUUUGAUUGAUAGAAACUGUAAUGUGAACCGUGUAGGGGGGUUUUUUUGA